UCUCUCUCUCUCUUACCUGGGGCAAUGGGCUCAGGGACUCGGUCCUCACCACCGCCGCCUUCGCCGCUGCUGCUGUCCCUGCUGCCGCUGCUGCUGCUGCUGUCCCCGACCGUGCGGGGUGACUGCGGCCCACCUCCAGAAAUACCUAAUGCCACGCCAGAGGUGGAUGGAAAAACCAGUUUUCCCGAAAAAAGUUUUGUGGUAUAUUCAUGUAAUAAAGACUAUCAAAAAAUUCCAGACAAAGAAGACACAGUGUUCUGUCUUCCAAAUGGUCAAUGGUCGAGCCUGGACACAUUCUGUAAUAAAAGCUGUAAUGCUCCAACAAGAGUGACUUUUGCAUCCCUCAAAAAGGAAUAUAUCGAUUUGAAUUAUUUCCCAAUUGGUAGCACUGUGGAAUAUGAGUGUCGGCCAGGAUAUCGAAGAGUAACUUCGCUGUCAGGCAAAUCAACUUGCCUUGAUAAUUUAGAAUGGUCCACAGUUGCUGAAUUUUGUGCAAAAAGAUCAUGUCCUAAUCCUGGAGAAUUGCAAAAUGGUAAUAUCGACAUAGUAACAGACAUAUUAUUUGGUUCAGAAAUAUACUUCUCAUGCAACACAGGGUACAAGCUAAUUGGUGUAGACUCUACCUUCUGUUACUUUACGGGAAGUACUGUCGAAUGGAGUGACCAAUUCCCAGUGUGCACAGAAAUUCAUUGUCCAGAUCCACCACCAAUUAAGAAUGGAGAAAUGCGAGGAGAAAGUGAAAAUUACUUAUAUAGACACUCUGUCACCUAUACAUGUGCCAAAGGCUUCGUCCUGGUUGGAAACAGUUCCAUUUAUUGUACUAUGAACGGUGAUCAAGGAGAAUGGAGUGGCCCAGCACCCCAGUGCAUAGAGAAAUCCAAGAUCCCAUCAACAACUCCGAAGUCAACAACAGUUAAUGUUCCAACUACAAGAGUUCCAUUAACGUCUCCGAAAACAACCACAGGUACAAGAGGUCCACCAUCAUCUCAGAAACCAACCACAGUUAAUGUUCCAGGCACAAGAGGUCCACAAACAUCUCAGAAACCAACCACAGUUAAUGUUCCAGCAACACAGCAUGUACCUGCUAUCAAGACAACCACACAUCAUCCAACAAGAACAACUAAAGAGAAAGAAAGGUCUACCUCAGGUGGUGACCAUCUUAUAUAUGGGCGUACUUGUUUAAUAACCUUGACAGUUUUGCAUGCGAUGAUGCUGUUACUCAUUGGCUAGUUGGCUAAGCCAAAGAAGAGUCAAGAAGAAAACACAUACAACCACAGAGAGUACUUCUAGUUUGUUAGAAUGUCCAGGACGAAUGGAUAUAAUAAAUUGAAUAGUGUUCUUUGUUUGGCAUGCUAUCACUGUCUUUAAGCUGUUUUAGGUACGUUAACAAACCAAGAAGAAAGGAGUUUGCUUGGGCUGGUAUUCUUGAUACACAUAAGUAUCUCGAAUUUAUUUCAAAACUAGAAAAUUCAUAACACUGAAUGGUUACUUUUCUAAAAGUAUGGAAAAAUGUGGAGUUUUUUUCAUGCUUAGAAUGGGAGUUUGGAGAAAGGGAAAUCACUUCUUUUGCUUGAUCUAUCAUAUUAUUCUGGCUUACAAUGAAAACAGAAAGCUAGACAUACUAAUGAGAUUGCAAAAGUAGAAUAAAGACCCUAAACUAAAUCUUCUUUCUUCUAAGCAAAAUUGCCACAGAGGUGGAACAUCUUCGUUUAACCCUUUACCUGAAGGUGUUUUCAUUUGGACUUUCCAUGAAUAUGAGUUGACACGAUGUUAUUAAGGAAGAGCAUCCUAAUGAAGUAGCAGUGAGAUGGGGAAUGUAGCUCACUUGGUAGAGAGCUUGCCUACCAUGCAUAAUUGCCUGAGUUCCUUCCUCAGGGCACAUCUAUAAUCCCAGUACAGGGGAAGAGAAGGCCAGAGGAUCAGAAAUUCAAGGUCAUUCUUGUUUACCUAGUGAGUUUCAGGCCAGUCUGGGAUACCUAAGAUUCUGUUUCAACAUCAUCGAUAGA